CAACCAUGUUGCCCAGGAAAAGAAGUACGAUACUCCUGACUCUACUGGUCCUCAUCAAGUCAUCCGAGCAGUAUAGCUCAGGAGCUCCCGCUGGGGCGUGCAAUGACCAGAUGCCCCGACACGCGUCCAUCCAGGCGCAGUCGACACCCCCUCCGUAUGUCAUCGGGCCGUCAUCGUCGCAGGUCCGUCAAGGGGACUCCUUGAAUGUCACGGUUGGCAGCCCUGCUGGUGCGCCAACGCCUAUUGGAGGGUUUAUACUACAGGCCAGAUCUAUACAGCAACUGUUCUACAUAUUUUUCCUGAUCCAGAGUAAUGCAAUUCAAAUCUUUAUCAACUUUUACCCUUACGCCUAA